UAACAGCUCAAUGAGAAGUAUUCAGUUUUAGAGCUAUUACAGUAAUUUGAAAGUUGAAAAAUUUAAAGAAUUCCUUUGCCGGUAUCGGAACUGAAUAACACCAUAAAAAAGAAAAGAAAAAGAAAAAGAAUACAAAUACAGCAAAACCAGGAAGAUUUUUUUUUCUUUUCUUUGUAUUUUCACUCCUCCAAGUGAACUUGUCCUGUCUCUAUUUGUGAUGAGUACAGAAAGAAUUGUGACGGAUCUUCUAUCUUAGAACGGGAAAAAAAUAGAAAGAAAGAAAAAGGGAGCCACAGUUUCAGGAAACCAGGUGACAAGCUAGAGAAACACUACAUUAGGAACUUUUACUUUAUACAGUAACUGUUUGGGUACUGUGACAUCUCGACUGAUUUCACCGUAACCAAAAAAAAAAAAAAAAAGAGGAACAAUGCCUUUUGGUUCAUUCGCAGAAUUUAAGGGCCGAAUACUGUACCCUCCCACAGAAGCUGCCCAAUUUGCUAAGCUAUCAUUCCAAAGGUUGAUAAAAAAGGGCCAGGAUGAAAAGACUCUUGUUAAUUAUGACGAACUCGACGAGACGUAUGGUGAUGAUGAAUCGCCACCCGGGCCAAGGAAAACUUUACCGAUGCCAGGGCCCUUACCACCAGUCCCAGCACCCAAAUGCAUGUGUUUCCAGUCCAGGCAACGUUACUUAAUAGCAUUGCUCAGUAGUUUAGGCUUCCUCAUCUCCUUCGGUAUUAGAUGUAACAUGGGCGUGGCCAUUGUAAUGAUGGUAAACAACGACACAGACAUUGAUUCUUCGCAGAACACAACCGAAGUGAGAAUGCCCGAAUUUAGCUGGACACCAGAAACUAUCGGAAUUGUUGACAGCUCAUUUUUCUGGGGAUAUAUUAUUACACAAAUACCAGGUGGUUACCUCGCAUCCAAAGUACCAGCUACUAGGAUAUUUGGAGCAGCAAUUACCAUUUCUUCAUUCUUAAACUUGUUCCUUCCCGGAGCUGCCUCUGUACAUUAUGGAUUAGUCAUGGCAGUGAGAAUUCUUCAAGGGUUGGUCGAGGGUGUCACAUAUCCAGCUUGUCACGGUAUCUGGAGACAUUGGGCACCACCGUUAGAACGCUCCCAGCUAGCAACAAUAUCUUUCUGUGGUUCGUACGCCGGAGCAGUAUUGGGGAUGCCUUUGUCAGGCCUUCUCACGCAAUAUUUAGGUUGGCGCUCUGGCUUCUAUUGUUUUGGUAUGAUGGGUAUAAUUUGGGGUAUAUUUUGGUACUUGCUAUCUCAUGAAAGGCCAUCAACACACCCUCAUAUAACAAAAGAAGAGCGACAUUAUAUAGAAUCGAGCAUAGGAGAACCUGCAGGUGCUAUUACCACGUAUAAUACGCCAUGGAAGAAAUUCUUUACGUCUAAACCAGUCUACGCUAUCAUGGUUGCUAACUUUUGUCGUAGUUGGACAUUUUAUUUAUUAAUUAUUGAACAACCGACAUACUUCAAAGAAGCGUUCCGUUUUAAUGUAUCUCAGAGUGGCAUCGUAUCUGCUCUUCCUCAUCUUGUUAUGGCUAUUAUUGUACCAUUUGGUGGUCAGUUGGCCGAUUUUUUGAGGCGAAAUGGCUACUUAUCAACCACAAAUGUAAGGAAAAUAUUUAACUGCGGAGGUUUCGGAAUGGAAGCCGUAUUCCUAUUAGGUGUUGGCUAUACAGCUGACAGAGUUACUGCAAUUAUAUGUCUCACAUUAGCAGUUGGCUUCAGUGGAUUUGCUAUAUCAGGUUUUAACGUUAACCAUCUUGAUAUCGCACCUCGUUACGCUAGUAUACUCAUGGGUUUGUCAAACGGUGUUGGAACAUUAUCUGGCAUGUUAUGUCCUCCAAUUACUGAGAUGUUAACCAAAAUACCGGAUGUUAGCAGUUGGGAACACGUGUUUCUCAUCGCAAGUAUGGUACAUUUCGGUGGUGUUAUAUUCUACGCUAUAUUUGCAUCAGGAGAAUUACAACCGUGGGCUGAACCACCACCUGAAGACGAAUGGAAACCAGAGGAUACAUUGAAAGGAGAUUCCUAUGACAAAAUGCCGGAUUAUGGAACUGUUAACGAAAACGGACCGGUGUAUGAAACGAAGGAAGAGAUGGUUCAGAGAUAUGCAAGACAACCUUCAGAUGAUUCGGAACAAGAAAAUUAUUGAUAUCUCAGAAUUUUAUCGAAUUCUUUUUUGAUUUUGUUUACAAAGAUUUUCCCCAAAUUUGUUGAAUUUUAUUUAAUUUUUGUUUAAAUUUGCUACUGAGAAAAGGCAACAAUAUGUACUCGUUUAUAUACAUACAUGCAAACUCAUGUAACGACAAUUGCUACACUGUAUGUGAGAACACGCUAGCAU